AUGCCUUCUUAUCUAAUAGAUCUUCACAGAGGGGACGACUGCGGGUCAGUGGACAGGACGAGGCAGGCGCUGUCUGGUUCAGCUUCCCCCGCUGAGGGGAGUGGAAGUGGCCAGACCGUUUGGGUGGACAGGGUCCUCACUCCUUCCCCUUUCCUUCAGGGGAAGGGUGGUGCUGGCAUUGCUGGAAGCGGACAGAUGGGAAGGAAGGGACUUGUGAGUGGAGGGGGAGGUAGUAGAAAGUCAGUCUCAUUUCCUGGAGGGGAAGGAAGGAAGGGGAAGAAAAAUCAAAGCGGGAAGAAAAUCAAAGGGCAGGUUAAGUUGACUCUGGCCAGGAUUCCAGGCAUCAGGUUUUAG